CCCGCUCCUCCUAUACAAAACCCCCCACCAUUUCCCACCCCCUCUCGCUCACCACAAGAAUCCAAAAUCAUCACCGCAGAGAGAGAGAGAGAGAAGAGAGGGAAAGAAGAGAGAGAGAGACAGGAGAAAGAGAGAAGAGAGACCAUGGCCUCCGCCGUCGCUUGCAAGGGCAAGGAUAUCGCGCCGGCCGGACGCCUCAAGUCCGGUACUCCCUUGGCCUUCUGCUCGCUCGACUCCCCCGCCGUCACCGCCGCCCGCCGACCGUACAACACCCAGGCCAAGGAGGUCAGUCGCUACGACGACGACGACGACUACAGCGCCCGCGACCUCGUCAUCCCCAGCUUCUUCUCGCAGGACGUGCUCGACCCGCUCGGCGCGCCGACCAGCAUGGCCCGUCUGCUGUCUCUCAUGGAGGACAUCGCGUCUCAGACCGGCCUCUCCUCCACUGCUGGUGCUGGGGCGUCGCGGCUCGGACGGUGGGUGGCCAAGGAGGACGACGACGCGGUGUUCCUCAAGGUGCCGAUGCCGGGGCUGACCAAGGAGCACGUGAAGGUGCGCGCGGACAAGAACAUCCUGAUGAUCAAGGGCGAGGGCGAGAAGCAGCCCUGGGACGGCGACGACGACUCCGCGGUGCCGAGGUACAACCGCCGCAUCGAGAUGCCCGCUGCUGACGCGUACAAGAUGGACAAGAUCAAGGCCGAGAUGAAGAAUGGCGUGCUCUGGGUCACCCUGCUCAAGGUCAAGGAGGAGGAGCGCAAGGACAUCUUCCAUGUCAAGGUCGAGUAGGAAGAGCUCAUGGAGGAUGGCCGGCGCGAGAGUGUGAGAGACGCCUUGGUGAUGUCUGAUGUGGUCAUGUUUGGUGUCUUUCUUCCUUGUUUUGCUUCGUUGAUUGUCUUGGAUCGAGUAGGCGAAGUUGGCCGCGAACUCUCUCAGUUUCCUCUAGUUCGGCGUAUGAUGAACUUGCUUUGGCCGUGAAAUUGGUCAUGAAAUUCUGUUGAUUUUCUCAAGUUUGGCAUCUGAUGAACUGAUUUGGUGGUGAAAUUGGUCAUGAAGCCUUGUUUUCUCAAGACUAAAUUUGUGGUGAAAUCGAUCAUGAACUGUGUUGAUUGUCUGAA